AUGGACGACGGGGAAUUAAUCCGGUUAGUGCAGGGGUUCGAGAAUAUUUACGAUAAAAAAAAUAAAAUGUUUAAAGACAUCCAAGCAAAAAGAAAUAGCUGGAACACUAUUCGACAAAUUUUAAAUCCCAAUGAGGAAAUUACUGUGGAAGCAGUGGAAAAACGAUGGGCGUAUUUGCGCCAAAAAUAUACGCAAGUCCGCAAGGAGGUUUUGUGUCAACCAUCUGGUUCGGGGGGAAAACCUCGAUGCAAGUGGCCUUACUUUGACCAAAUGGGGUUUCUUGACAAUUUUAUUCAAGGAAGACGACGAAGUUGUAACUAUACAAAAAACAAAGCAGCUUGUAGUAAUGCUGAGGAAAUUUCUCAAGAACAUAAUGUUCUUGAAGAAUCCCCUCAAGAACAUUGUGAUGUUUUUGAGGAAUUUCCUCAGUAUUUUCAAGAGGAAGCGUCUGAGGACGCCGGCAAUGACGAUUUGCCGCAAACGUCCCAAUGGGACACUCUGAAUGUUAUAGUCGUCGAAGAUGAGGCUGAAAAAAAUAUUAUACGCCCUGUUCCCAAGGCAGACGCCGAAGCAAAAAAAGUUGGAGCUGCAGUGGAACGUGGUCGCACUGGUCUUUUAAGACGACAGGGCACGAAAAGAAGAGCCACACAACCUGCGGGCCCUUCCGAGCAGACCAUGGAUAAAUAUCUGCAAAGCCUAACGGCCUAUUUAGACAAAGAAAAUGUCAGUGCACAAGAUGAUGCCUUUACCAAUGCUUUGGGCACUCUGGUUGGAGGCAUAAGAAAUAAGUCCCGUCGCAGGCUUGCUAAAAGGCAAAUACUUAGGUUGGCGGCCACCUUUAACUCAACAAGUGAGGAUUCUGAAAGUGAGACCUGACACAACGGGGUGAACCCUGACUUUCUCCUGUUUUGUAAAAACUAGUCCCUCCUUAAAUGUUAAAUAAAUCAAUAAAUAAAAUAAUUUGC